AUGGUCAAGCCACUUUCCUUCAAAGGCGAGAAGAAGCCGAAGAAGAGAAAGCGCCCCGAGGCCGACCCAUCAACCGAGGAGGCGGGCGGUGUCGGUCCCAGCGGCGAGCUCGCAGUCGCGAAAGCCGCCAACGAAGACGCAGAGGGCGACGACGACAGCUGGGUGUCCGCCGAGGCCAUUGGCGACGUCGUGGGACCUAUCAUGCUGGUGCUGCCCACGGAGCCGCCGACUUGUCUGGCCUGCGAUGCGAACGGCAAGGUCUUCACGGAUCCCAUCGUCAACAUCAUCGACGCUAACCCGUCGAGCGCCGAGCCGCACGAUGUGCGCCAGGUCUGGGUCGCGAACAAGAUCUACGGCACCGAGCACUUUCGGUUCAAGGGACGCUAUGGCAAAUACCUGAGUUGCGACAAGUACGGCAUCCUGACAGCGACCUCCGAAGCCGUAGCGCCGCCCGAAACAUGGACGGUCAUCCCGACGACCGAUACACCGGGCACAUUCCAGCUGCAGACGCUGCGCGAGACGUUCCUGACGGUGAAGGAUGAUUCCACAAAGGCAAACGGCACGCCCGAGAUCAGGGGCGACGCAACGGAGAUCAGCUUCGACUCGACGCUACGCCUACGGAUGCAGGCGCGCUUCAAGCCGCGGCUGAAGGCGUCGAAGGAGUCCAAGGAGAAGGCCAAGGUCAGCCGGAAGGAGCUGGAGGACGCCGUCGGGCGACGGCUCGACGAGGACGAGGUCCGGAAUCUGAAGAGGGCGAGACGCGAGGGCGAUUAUCACGAGCAGCUGCUGGAUCUGAAGUCCAAGAACAAGCACGACAAGUACGGUUGA